UCCUACUCGAUGAUGAUUGGAUGAAACGAUACGAGUCGGUCCGGUUCAGCCAAUGUGGGUUUAGGCUUGAGGUCGAGCUGCUGAGGCGAGGCACGAGCGAUAAUGCGCCGACGGUGAAGAAAACUGGUUCAACUCCGAAAGUUGGCGUUACUUAAGUACUCAGAUUUAUGGAGUAAAGACUCUGUCCAAGUUCACUGGAGUUCAGAAUGGCCUUCAACGGGCACCAGAGCACGUUGGAGAAUUCGCUCUUUCCCACAUUCCAACGCCAGGCCAGUGUAAAUAUAGAAACUGGAAACAACGGCAGCGUUGCUUUGCCCUUCGUUUCCAUCCCCGGGGCCUCGCUGCAGGAACAGAACACAGCAUCCUACUUGCCCUGGUCUCACAUAGCCCACGAUGAUCCCUACGGCCUUAUCAAUUGUUCCCAGAACAACUUUAAAAUCAGGAAACCCACUGAUAGUACUGACUGUGAAGGGGAGACUGAUCUACAGGGUCUAGUGUCAAAUAUUUUGGAUGAAAGAGAUUCACACGACAGCUACUACAGCAAAGGGAACCUACCUACAUGUAAUCCCGUCUGGUCUUCAAAGACAUUGAAAGAAGAACUACUGCAGUAUUUUCAAACAGAGCCCAACCAGCCGACCUUUCCCCCCAACUAUGCAUCCCGUGAGACUUCAAGUAAAGCACAGGGACAUUCAGUGGACAAAGACGUCCAGUUUCAUCAACAGUCAAAUGGCCUUUCGACCAAUCAACAAUGGCCAUUGCCUAAUGGAGACAAGGAAAGUUACACCCACCGUGCCCACACAUUGCCACCAGGUCUGCCGAUGCCUAAACAGGGAAACACCUUUUCGUCGCAGGUACUGCGCCACAAAUACGACAACGUUCCAGAAAGACGGCAUAGUCAGUCCGUUAAUAAUUUACCCGACCUCAGCAGUGUCUUCAGACCUCAAAGCGAGAUGAACAGCCCAUGCUUUCAUCCUUAUUACGAAGACCAGUACGUCCAGAGCCUCCGCCAUGAACAGUCUGGUCAACGAGACAUUAACCAGCUAGUCAGUAGUUUUCAAUCAUUCAUGGUUGGUGAGCAUGACGGCUUAUGGGGCGGAGACUCUCCAAACAUCCAAAGGCAGCACGAAGACGGCCUGGUGGAACAAUGGAAAAUCCCCAACCCUUCCAUGUCAACACAAAGCAGUGCCGCGAGGAGGGCCCCAAAACAGCUGGCGGGAGAAUUGGGGACAGCGCAGAUGGAAAGAAACGGAGGAGCGAGGAGACAAACGUUUAACCACAACGCCUUCCGAGGUCCAUCUGCUUUCAGCCCUCAAAACACGGAGUACUACCAGCCGGCCAAGACGUCCAUCGCACCUUUAAACCUCCCGAAGCAAUACCAGAGCAACAUGACCCAGCACAGAGAGAACACGCCACCCCCCAUCAGCGUGGGCCUGAACCAGUAUUCAAGAAGUCUCUUCCAGCAGGGCCUGAUGCAGGGCCUGAUGCAGAGCAAGCUCAAUGUGCCCAGUCAGAGGGAAAAGAAGCGGAUGCACAUGUCAGGCCAUGAAGGAGAAGGCUUCUCCUCAAGGCCCCCGGGCAACACUAUCAUGAGAAGGGAGUGUAAGAAACAGGCCCUCUAUCAAAGCCCUUACCACGACGGCCUAGGAAGCAUGCAGGCCCACAGGUUUGACGAAGAAAACGGCACGGUCGUAGCAGGGAACGCUCCGCAGCUCAUGCCUUACAUGUAUGCUGUGAACGACCCCAGAAGGGUCUCCAUCAACCCUCCUCACUUCAGCCCCAGGGCCACGCCGCCCUACGGGGGCGGCAUGGCCGGCAUGGACCCGGGUGAUGUGGCGUCGGCCAAUGAGACGGCAGUUUUCAACUCCUACGCAAGCGACAUGUUGACCUGCAGAGGAGAGAGCACCUAUCAUGGCAUGGUGACUCCAAUGGUAGCGAAUCCAGGAGGGCUCAUGAUCCAGCUCUACUUCUACCUGGACGAGUGUUAUGAGAAGUGGAGGAGCUUGGAGAAGGAGAGAAAGAGGACUGAGAUCAUUCUAACCAAGACAUUUGUUGGGAAAACGACUGCCGCGGUGGCCAACUCCAACCAGCCCAAGAGCCCACCGAACCCCACUAGAGUGGACACACUCAUCGUCAAUCAGAUGAAAGAGCAUGCAAGGGUGGCGAGCCUCCUCGACAGAAUGCAGUGUCUGAGCAAGGCUGCCUUCCACGCCAAUGUCCACACGGCGCUGAACAGGUACCACGCGGCUAUUUGCAACGCCCAGGCGAGACACAAGGAGGAGCUCGCCGGCACGUCCAGGCACCAGCGGCAGAGGACUCAUUUCCCAGAGGACCGAGAAACCCUGUUGCUGGUCAUUGCGCUGAAGGACCUCGCCGCGACCACCAGAAAGAUGCGCACGGCCCUGUGGUGCGCUCUCCACAUGACCCUACCGAAGGCCGCCAAGAAGCCGGAGUGCCAGGUGACCGGGGAGGCCGCUUGUAGUGAAACAGGCGCCUCUCCAUUCGAGGGUUACUCUUUCAAAGUCACGAUUUAACGGGCUCCAAGCACGAGCUAAAGGGCUUGAUUCAGAUUCCAAUUCAAAUUACUCACAGAAUGCCCUGAUUAUAAAUGUCCCAUCGAUAUAGAACAAACUAAUGUUACCCGCUAGUCCACGGGGACGUUUUACCUGAGACACAGCGAUCACUGCACAAUAUGAGAUGAGCAAUUGCAGGCUUGGUGACGGUUGCAGUUUAUCAUUUGGAGAACAUUAGUUGUGCGGGAAUUGCAUGAAAUGUUGUCCUUCCUGCUGCGCCUGAAUUUCAUUUCAUUUAAUUAGUGUCCGUUUCAAAUGACCGUGAAUUGGCUCCAUCACCGUUUUAUUUAAAGGCACUAUUUAUGAGGAAGAUUUCGGUGAAUUCUUCUGUUUUACUUAUUUAUUGGUAUGUAAUGGAACCGCAGUAUAUUGCAGAGCAAUAAUUGAAUCAUAAGGGCAGUAGUUUAAAAAAAACAUGCUGAAUAUUCCAACUUAUUUUGGCAGCUUGAGUUUUCUCUUGCAUAAUUGUAACAUGUAAUCAGAAAAAAAACAUAUUUAACUGCGAUUUGUAGAAGUUUGAGCUGCGGCAAAGAAACUCAGAUUUCAGAAAGAAAUGUUCAGCGUUUUAAAUUGAUAUCUAUUAAUCACAUUUUCCACUGGAAAUAUACACACAUAUUCCUAUCAGUGAAAUGUAACAUAGCUAAGUUAAGAAUGUUUAAUGUUUAAAUAACGUUUAUUGUGAACAUGAUAAAUUAUAAAAUGUUUUCUGAAAUGUUCCAAUUAACUUAUAAACUUGUUUUUUUUAAAUGUUUCAUCCACCUUUUGGUUAAAAAAAAAAUAUGCUGAAACUUUUAAGAGCUUAGCGUUUUAAAUUGAAAUGUAAUCAAACUUUCCAUCAUUUUCAGUUUUAUCAAUGUGACAGUUUGUCAGCUUAAGAAUAGUCUGUCUAUAACAGUCUGGCGACUCUUCCUUUGUGAUGCACUCAUUUUAAUGUUCACGCUGGUUUAUUUUCUUGUCACCUGUUCUGUGAAAAGAAACUUUUAAAAUAAAGCAAUCCAAA